AUGCGGUUUUACAUCCCUCUCAGCUCCCUCGCCGUUCUUGCCUUGCGCGCAAGUGCCACUCCCGUGGAUCCCCCGAGUGGAUACUCUGCAUCCUACAGCACCUUCAAUAACCUCAACUGCGACACUCAAAGCUGGAGCAUGCAGCUUAUCCCCAAGGACGUAGUUGGGCUUUGUGAAGAUCUCAGCCACCCGGCCAUAUCUGUGGAUCUCAAUAAUCUAGCCGAGGGCUGCUCCGUGGUCUUCUACCCUGACUUCGACUGCAAGGGCCGACCCGAGUCCGUUAGCGAGAUUGGGUGCUAUAAAAGUGAUGUCAUUAUUCAGUCCACCUCGGUAACUUGCGAGACUGUUGACGAUGGAGAGGAUGACAACUAG